GACAACUUCAAUUUUAUUUUAUUUUAUUUAUUUAUUAUUCAAAGUUCAGUUUAUUGCUGACAUUUUUGGACUAUACUACAAAAAAGAGAACCACUCUGUUUAUCAAUUGUUUUCUAUUUACCCGAAUACACUAGACAACCCCCCCCACCCCGAACGCUCGAAUCGAAGCUGAGAAGCAUGACAGCAGGUUCCUCUUCCAGGGCCGCAGCAUCACGCAGCGGCAGCGGUAGUGGCGGUUAUAACCGAUCCGGCCAGCAGCAACAGCAAUUGGCAGCAGAUCCGAGCUUUGUCCCCACCGGGCCGUCGCAGGCUGAGAUCGAGCGCAAGGCGCAGGAGUGGCGCAAGCUCAACGCCAAGCGCUAUGACACAAAGCGCCGCAUGGGCUUUGCCGAGCAGGAGAAGAGCGACAUGCCGCCCGAGCACCUGCGCAAGAUCAUCAAGGACCACGGCGACAUGAGCGCGCGCAAGUACCGCCAUGACAAGCGCGUGUACCUCGGCGCGCUCAAGUAUGUGCCACACGCGGUGCUCAAGCUGCUGGAGAAUAUGCCGAUGCCUUGGGAGCAGGUGCGCGAGGUGCCGGUGCUUUACCACGUGACAGGCGCAAUUACCUUUGUCAACGAGAUCCCUUGGGUCAUUGAGCCCGUGUACAUGGCGCAGUGGGGUACCAUGUGGAUCAUGAUGCGUCGCGAGAAGCGCGACCGCAAGCAUUUUAAGCGCAUGCGGUUUCCCCCGUUCGACGACGAGGAGCCGCCGCUUGACUAUGGAGACAACUUGCUCGAUGUGGAACCGCUCGAGGCGAUCCAGAUGGACCUGAACGAGGAGGACGACUCGGCAGUCAUUGAUUGGUUCUACGACAACAAACCCCUAGCCGACGAGAGCGACGAUGAGGAUGACGACGAGGAGGGUGGCAGCGGCAGCGCGGCGAGGAGGGCGGUCGGAUGCCGUGUGAACGGACCCACAUACCGCAAGUGGCAGCUUGAUCUGCCGGCCAUGGCCAACCUGCACCAUCUGGCCGGGCAGCUGCUGUCAGACAUGGUUGACCCCAACUUCUUUUACCUGUUUGAUCUCAACUCGUUCAUCACAGCCAAGUGCCUGAACAUGGCCAUCCCUGGCGGGCCCAAGUUCGAGCCCAUGUACCGCGACAUCAACCCGGCCGACGAGGACUGGAAUGAGUUCAACGAUAUCAACAAGAUCAUCAUCCGGCAGCCCAUCCGCACCGAGUACAAGGUAGCCUUCCCGCACCUGUACAACUCGCUGCCGCGCAAGGUGCGGGUCUCAACGUACCACACGCCGGCGCUGCAGUAUGUGCGGUCGGAAAACCCCGACCUGCCGGCGUUCUACUACGACCCGGCGAUCAACCCAAUUUCGUCGCGCAGCCUGGUGUCGCAGUUCAAGGACGACGCGCGCUCAGUCGAAGACGAGAUCUUUGGUGACCGCGACGAGGACGAGGACUUUGUGCUGCCCGACGGUGCCUCGGCAUUCCUGGCCGACACGCCGCUCGAGACUGACAACACGGCCAACGGCAUUGCACUGUUCUGGGCUCCGCACCCGUUCAGUUCUCGCAGUGGGCGCACGCGCCGCGCGGUUGAUGUGCCGCUGGUCAAGGACUGGUACAUGGAGCACUGUCCGCAAGGCAUGCCUGUCAAGGUACGCGUGUCCUACCAGAAGCUGCUGAAGAACUACGUGCUUAACGCCAUCCACUCGACACCCCCGCGGUCGCAGCGCAAAAAGUACUUGUUCCGCCAGUUCAAGGCGACAAAGUUUUUCCAGUCAACCGAGAUCGACUGGGUCGAGGCCGGCCUGCAGGUUUGCCGGCAAGGCCACAACAUGCUUAACCUGUUGAUUCACCGCAAGCGGCUCAACUAUCUGCAUCUCGACUACAACUUCAACCUGAAGCCGGUUAAGACGCUGACCACAAAGGAGCGCAAAAAGAGUCGCUUCGGUAAUGCCUUCCAUCUGUGCGUCGCUGAGGGCACGCCGGUCAGCUUGGGCAACGGCCUCGCCCUGCCGAUCGAGCUGAUCCGCGGCGGCGAUGCACUGCAAUGCGUUGCGCCGGUGGCCGAGCACUCAGCGACAAAGGCCGUCGGGUACGCGGGUCGCGCCGGAGGCGAUGCCUUUCAGGUGCACGCAGCGCCCCAGGACUGCCUGCGCAUCACUUGCAUUGACGGCACCACGCUCGUGGUCACGCCGACACACCCGGUGCUAGCUAUCAGAGGCCACCUCAGAGCAACCAUGGAGGACGCCAAGUACGUGUCGGCGGGCGAGCUGACGGCCGAGCACUCUGUCGUGUGUUCAGCGCUGCUCAGCAUCACUGACCACCCGGAUGCCGAUGCGCACUCCCAGUAUGAGCUGGCCGGAUGGAGCAUGCAGCAGGGCCGCCCGCAGAUCCUGGCGCUUGCCCGUCUGCUUGGCGCCCUGGCAGCCGGCGGUAGCGGCAUGGCGGAACAGUUUGCUGUCGGCCAGCAGUGCGCACUGUUUUUACAAUUGCGUGACGGUCUAGACGUCAGCCAGGCUCAAGCAGAUAUCAGACUUUUAACCGGCGGCCGCCAGCUCGGCACGAUGCACCGCGGUCGCGGGCUGGCCAAUCGCGCGGCGUUCGGACUCCAGCAACUCCUGCGCUUGGAGCUUCCGCGCAGUGUGUGCGAGAUGGCCGAGGCAGCUGGUUACAGACACCAUCGUGACGUACCGACGGCCAUUCGCCAGGCGCCUGUCUCGGUGCAGCGUGAGUUUGUGGCUGCAUGGUGGGGCUGCGGAAGCACAUGGGCGGCGGCAGCCACAUCAACAUCUUCCAAGCCUUCUGCCGACAGUCUUUGGCCUCUUUCUGCCGCUGCCGCUGCCGACAACGACGGCCAGGCGAAGAGUACCGACAAGGAUGCGACUGUGAUGGUGCGCGGGCUUGUGCAGUGGAUGCAGGACUCGCUGCGCCAAAACUUUGGAGUCGAGACGCAGAGUAUCGAGAAGAAUGCGCUUGUGGUGUCUGCGCAGACGCACUUUGCUGCUGGCAUGCGUCUUUCGGGCUUGCGCUCCUUUGGUGCAUUUGUUGAGCGUGUUGGCGUGCGCUACUGUUGCCGUGAGCAGGUCGCGCUUGACGCCAUGCGGCGCUGGCAGGGAUAUAUUGCCCAGGCCGACCAGAGCACGGGGGCGUCAACGGCGUCUGCCAAGCUGUGCGGCUUGGACGAGUUCAUCCAGCUCACCCGUCUGCCGCUGGCGUCCUCGGACCAGCUGCACAGCGGCUUUGAAAGUGCGGUUCUCGUGCCUAUCGCUAGUGUGACGGCUGAUGUGCGGCGGCGCAUGGUCUACGACAUUUCGGUGCCAGCACACGAGAACUUUAUCGCCGGCUCGGCGGUGGUGCACAACUGCCGCGAGAUCCUGCGGCUGACCAAACUCAUUGUUGACUCACAUGUGCAGUAUCGGCUGGGCAACGUCGACGCGUUCCAGCUGGCCGACGGGCUGCAGUACCUGUUUGCUCACGUUGGACAGCUGACAGGUAUGUACCGGUACAAGUACCGGCUGAUGCGGCAGAUCCGUGCCUGUAAGGACUUGAAGCACCUAAUCUACUACAGAUUCAACACUGGCGCUGUGGGAAAGGGCCCGGGCGUCGGGUUCUGGGCACCCGGAUGGCGCGUGUGGCUGUUCUUCUUGCGUGGCAUCGUUCCUCUGCUGGAGCGGUGGCUGGGCAACCUGCUCGCGCGGCAGUUUGAGGGGCGCAACUCCAAGGGCGUCGUCAAGUCGCUGACCAAGCAGCGCGUGGACUCGCACUACGAUUUGGAGCUGCGCGCGGCCGUCAUGCACGACAUCCUGGACAUGAUGCCCGAGGGCAUCCGCGGAAACAAGAGCAAGGUGAUCCUGCAGCAUCUGUCAGAGGCCUGGCGGUGCUACAAGGCGAAUAUCCCGUGGCAGGUGCCGGGCAUGCCCAAGCCGAUCGAGAAUAUGAUCCUGCGGUACGUCAAGUCCAAGGCCGACUGGUGGACUUCUGUAGCGCACUACAACCGUGAGCGUAUUAGGCGUGGCGCCACGGUGGACAAGGCGAUUGCGCGGCGCAACUGCGGGCGGCUGACGCGGCUGUGGCUCAAGUCAGAGCAGGAGCGGCAACGCAACUACCUGAAGGAUGGGCCCUAUGUCAGUGCCGAGGAGGCCGUUGCCAUCUAUACGACUGCAGUGCAUUGGCUUGAGUCACGGCGUUUCUCGCCGAUCCCGUUCCCGCCGCUGUCGUACAAGCACGACCCGAAGCUGCUGAUCCUGGCGCUCGAGCGGUUGCGCGAGUCGUACUCGGUGCAGGGCCACCUGAACUCGUCGCAGCGCGAGGAGCUGGGGCUGAUCGAGCAGGCGUUCGACAACCCGCACGAGACGCUCAACCGCAUCAAGCGGCUGCUGCUGACGCAGCGCGCGUUCAAGGAGGUUGGCAUCGAGUUUAUGGACAUGUACUCGCACUUGGUGCCUGUCUUUGACGUGGAGCCGCUGGAAAAGAUCACAGACGCGUACUUGGACCAGUACCUGUGGUAUGAGGCAGACAAGCGGCGGCUGUGGGCGCCUUGGAUCAAGCCGGCUGACUCUGAGCCAGCGCCCCUGCUGGUGUACAAGUGGUGCCAGGGCGUCAACAAUCUGGACGGCGCGUGGCAGACGGACUCUGGGCAGUGCACAGUGAUGGUCGAGGCGAAGCUGGCGCGGGUGUUCGAGAAGAUCGACCUGACGCUGCUCAACCGGCUCCUGCGGUUGGUGCUGGACCACAACCUGGCGGAUUACAUGACAGCCAAGAACAACGUUGUGAUCAGCUUCAAGGACAUGAACCAUGUCAACUCGUAUGGUAUGGUGCGCGGGUUGCAGUUUGCGCCGUUUAUCUUCCAGUACUACAGCAUGAUCAUCGACCUGCUGCUGCUUGGCCUGGAGCGCGCAAGCGAGAUAGCGGGGCCGCCGGCACAGCCUAACGACUUUUUGCAGUUCAAGGACGUGGCGACCGAGCGGCGGCACCCGAUCCGCAUGUACAUGCGCUAUCUGGACCGCAUCUACAUGCUGCUGCGCUUUGAUGACGAGGAGGACUCGCGUGAUCUGAUCCAACGGUUCCUGACGGAGAACCCGGACCCCAACAACGAAAAUGUUGUUGGGUACAACAACAAGCGGUGCUGGCCGCGCGACAGCCGCAUGCGGCUAAUGAAGCACGACGUCAACCUGGGACGCGCGGUGUUCUGGGACAUCAAGAACAGGCUACCGCGGUCGCUGACAACGGUCGAGUGGGAGGACGAGCAGACAUUCGUCAGCGUGUACUCGCGCGACAACCCCAACCUGCUAUUCGACAUGGCCGGCUUUGAGGUGCGCAUCCUGCCCAAGUGCCGGCAGACGACGGCCAGCGCGCAGGACGGUUCAUGGGCGCUCAUUGACGACAGCUCGAAGGAGCGCACGGCGACAGCGUUUUUGCGCGUCGACGACGCGUCGAUCCAGCGGUUCAACAACCGCAUCCGCCAGAUUCUUAUGUCUUCAGGCAGCACAACGUUCACCAAGAUCGCCAACAAGUUCAACACGGCGCUAAUCGGCCUGAUGACUUACUUCCGCGAGGCUGUGGUGCACACGCGCGAGAUGCUCGAUCUGCUGGUUAAGGCCGAGACGAAGAUUCAGUCGCGCAUCAUGCUAGGGCUCAACUCCAAGGACAGCAACCGCAUGCCACCCGUCAUCUUCUACUGCUACGGCGCUGGCUUCCGCGUGCGCAUGGCCGACGGGUCGACGCGCGCCAUUGAGGACGUGUCUGUCAGCGACCGCGUUCUCGGCGCUGACGGCCAGGCGCGUGACGUCGCACACACGAUGUCGGGGUCGGCGCCGCUCUUCCGCGUGGCACUGGCUCCAUUGCGCCACGCGGAGGAAGACGCCAGCGACAGCUCCGUGCCGCUGAGCUACUGCGCGCCGGUGGUGCGUACGGCUAGCAGCAUCUCAGUGCAGAGCAUCUGCUCGGACGGCUUAGGCGAUUUAACAGCGGCGGCAGAAGUGGUUGGCGACAUCGCUGACGCGCGCGCGCUGUUGUACGACGACUCCUUCUUGUGUAACUCUAAGCACAGGCUGGUCAUUCGCGUGGCGAGCAGCACUCAGCUUAGUGAGCAGGCUGCGCGCGCAGCAAAUUCGCACUGGUCGGACGCCGGCGCGUUUGCCGUCGAGUCAGUUGAGCUGCGCAUGGAUCCACAGCUUGGGUUCGAGCGGCCGUUCACGACGCAACAGGUUUUCGAGUACAACUCGAGUGCGUUCGGACUGGCCGACAACGCUAAGGCGCGCGCGCUGCAGGAGGCCAACAGGCACGUGGAGCACAUGCAACAGCUGGCGGCCGAAGCUGGCGUCACAACGCCCGACUGCGUGUACUUGUGGCAUGAUAAGCAGAAGGCAGCGUUCCGCAUUAUGUCGCGCGGGUACCCCGAACAGCUGGUGCCGCCAUGCCGCAGCAUGUACUACGGCUGCGUCCCCAUGUCGGCGUCGGCGUCCAACCUGGUGUUCAACUCGCGCAUGGAGGCGCAACAGGCCGCCGAGAGCGCAAUGGCUGCCUCUGCGCCAAACAGCCACCUGAUGUGGGCUGUCAGCUUGUGCGACUACCUAGCGUACGUCGACAGCAUGCAGGCGAGCGGCCAGCAGCCCGUGCCCUGCGUCAUGGCGUACAGCGGCCUGGUCAGCCGUUGGCCGGGCGCGGAGAACGGCAACGGUUAUGUCACCCUGGUUGCAGGCGGCGACUCCGAGCUGGCGGCUGACCUCGGCUGGGCGCUUGGCUGCUGGCUGUGCGGCGGUGGCAGCAGCGGCAGCAAUGGCAAGUCCGAAAACACAGCCGAUUCUGUGCUGCAGCAUUGGGAAAAGAUUGCGGCGGCGGGCGAUGCAUUCACCACUCUGCUCAGCGCACUGUGCCUGUCUGACUCAACAAAGGCUGUGUCGAUCGAGACGCGCGACGCACUUGUUAGCGAGCAGCCCGGCGUGCGGCAGGCGCUGCUGGCCGGCAUGCUGGAUGUGUGCGGCAAGACGACCGGCGACUUGCGCGUGGCCAUCGCACAGCCGCUGGACAACAGUGAGUCAGUGCUACGACUGGCCUACGAGGUGGCGCGGUCGCUGGGCCUGCAAACAACCAGUCGCAAGAGCGUGUCGCAUGGGUUUGUUGUAAUUGGUGGCGAUUUUGCUGGUAUCCCCAGCGUCACAGCGGUGUGCGCGGCUUCGUCAAAGGCGGCCGUCAGCGCUGCGAAUUAUGCGACGUUUGACGUUAGCACGCAGCCGGCCACACAGGAGGCCGCGUACUAUGGGUUCACAGUCGCAGACGGGCAGUCACCGCUGUUCUGCCACGGCGACUUUGUCGUCGGGUCCAACUGCCCCAAGGAGCUGGGUGGGCUGGGCAUGCUGUCGAUGGGCCACGUGCUGAUCCCGCAGUCGGACCUGCGGUGGGCCAAGCAGACCGACACAGGCAUCUCGCACUUCCGCGCCGGCAUGUCGCACGAGGAGGGCCAGCUGAUCCCCAACCUGUUCAGGUACAUUCUGCCGUGGGAGAGCGAGUUUGUCGACUCGCAGCGCGUGUGGGCUGAGUACGCGCUCAAGCGCCAGGAAGCCAGCGCGCAGAACCGGCGGCUCACGCUUGAGGAUCUGGAGGACUCGUGGGAUCGCGGUAUCCCGCGCAUCAACACGUUGUUCUCCAAGGACCGCCACACGCUGGCGUAUGACAAGGGCUGGCGCAUCCGCACCGAGUGGAAGCAGUACCAGGUUCCCAAGGCCAACCCGUUCUGGUGGACCCACGCCAAGCACGACGGCAAGUUGUGGCAACUCAACAGCUACCGCACAGACAUGAUCCAGGCGCUGGGCGGCGUCGAGUGCAUUUUGGAGCACUCGCUGUUCCGCGGAACAUACUACCCAACGUGGGAAGGCCUGUUCUGGCAGCAGCAGUGCUUUGCCGCUGGCACACUGGUGAUGAUGCACAGCGGUGAGCUCAGGCGCGUCGAGGACGUCGCUGUGGGCGAGCUUCUUAUGGGCGACGACUCGGCGCCGCGCGUGGUCGACGAGCUCGUGCGCGGCCCGGCUGGCUACAUGUUCGCACUUGACAUUCCCGCGUGGGGCAGUGCCACUGUUGUCGUCACGUCCAACCACGUGCUGGUGCUGCGCAGCGCCUCGGACCCGGGCGCCCCACUCAUCGAGUGCACGGUUGAGGAGUACUUGGCCAUGGCUGCCGCCGAGCGCGCUGGCCUGGCCAUGCUCAGCGCGCGCAUCGCGUACCCAGUGUCCCCAGCUCUUUUGGACUGCGACCCGCUGCUUUUGGGCGCACGCCUGGCCUAUGCUACCGGCGCAGGCCGCAGUGCCAAGCUGUUUGUGGCUGCCAGCCUCGCGUGCUACGCGACUGCGCCAGCUGUCAGUGCGCUGAUGCGCGACGACGCGCUGCGUUGCGACAGCACAAACGCUGCCGAUGCCACUGCGCUUAUAUAUGCAGAUACGGACGACGAUCUGGAUGUGCCGACUGUAUACCGCGCACACGCCAGUCCGCUGGUGCGCGCAUUGGUGUUUGCCGGCGCGGCUCUUGUACUCGGUGGCAGCCUUGGCGACUCGUCGAUCUCUGUGCGCACGUCGAGCGAACAGUUGGCCCGCCAGCUGCACGCGCUGCUUGUGACGCUGGGCCACCCGGCCAUUCAUUCUGUUGACGAGAGCAGCGGAGGCGAGCCGGCGACGCACGUUGUAGUGUGUCCGCUUUCCAAACAGCUGUUCAAACAGGGUGAGGUGCCGACUGUCUGGGACGCCGCGCAAAGCCUGGCCGAGCCGCUCAAGAACUCUUGUGACUCUGCAGCCAGCUGUGUUGCCUUUUCGGUGCGCAAGGUUGCGUCUGAGCCGUACUUUGGGUUCAACGUGUCGGGAGCCAACCGCCGCUUCAUGCUGGCCAACGGCCUUGUCACGCAUAACUCAACAUCGUUUGGCGGAGCUAUGGGCCAGCGCCAGCUCACCAAUGCGCAGCGCUCGGGUCUUAACCAGAUCCCUAACCGUCGCUUCACCCUGUGGUGGUCUCCGACCAUCAACCGCUGCCUGCGCCCGGAUACUGAGGUCUUCAUGGCCGACGGCUCUGUGCGGGCGAUUAGGGAUAUUUCCUCUGGCGAUCGCGUGCUGGGCAUGGACUCGCGCCCGCGUCUGGUCGAGUCAGUGCACUCGGGCAAGGAUGUCAUGUACGAUGUUUGUGAGAUGCGCGGUGAUGUCCGGCUGGGCCUCACCGAGUUUACGUGUAACGCGUGGCAUAUCCUGCACCUAGUGACACGCACUGCCGCUGUUGCUGAUGUUGGCGCCGUAACGACAGAGGAUGGUGAUCAACGCGAUGGCAGCAAGGUAUUUACCGUCAAGUAUGCGGCCCUGGACAUAGUUUCAGUCGACGGCGAAAAUGUCAAGAUGGUCGUGUGGAAGCAGAAUACCUUCAACACUUUGAUUUUUGGCGGCGACGAAGCGAGCGCCCGCAGCGCUGCGCUUGCAUUUAGCGACAGCGUGAGUGGCCAGCGCAUACAGUGGGAGCUAGAGGCGCGCCUCUACGCACGUGUUGACCCGCAGAUCCGCCAGCAGACCUACCAACUGGCGGCGCCCGUGCUGCUGGAGAACACCAGGCUCGAGCGGCUGUGCGAGCAGACCGGCGUGUCUGCCAGCAAGGCCGCUGAUAUUGCUUGGCUUGUCGGGCUCUGGAUCGGUUCCGGCGCGUCUGCAACACCGACCGUUCGCGUGGAUGCGCAGAGCGUGCGGCGUGUUAAGGACGUUUGCCAGUCCAUUGGGCUGGACACAACGAGCGCCCAGUGGAUUUCGGCGGAGGAGGCUGGCACGGGCGAGCAGCAAGGCUGGGUCGAGCUCGUUGCCAAGCUGCCGACGCCCGGCUCGAACACAUUCUUGAAUCUGGUUCGCGCAUUGGACAUGGGUUCCUCCGACCCCAAGCGCACGCCAGUGUGGAUUUCGACCGAGGCCAUCAGCGUGCGCGAGCAUCUUUUGGCCGGUCUGGUUGACUCUACUGGCCGCAUUGUGCCUGCGACCACCUCGGGCGAUUGCGCUGAUGAUAUCAGCCAUUGCGCUGAUCGUGAUAUGGACUGCAAGGCGGAGCAGGCCAAGUAUGAGCGCGUUGACUUGGUUGCCAACCAGGAGGCCGUCGCCUCCAGCAUCCUCGCGCUAGCUCGCUCCCUCGGCAUCGCCUACUCUGUGUCGCGCCACGGGUCUUCUGCCGGUGACCGCAGGACCAAGAGUGGCUCUGCCCUGUCCGUGUCCCUGGUGCCAUGCAGCGCGCUGAGCAGCGUGCUUUGUUGUGCAUCAUCUGGGCUCAGGCGUGUGUCCUCUCCCGCUGUCGUCCGCCACCUGCCGGUCGAGUUCAGAUUCGAUGUUGUUGAGUCUGGGCUGGCGCAAGCCGUACGAGGCGAGCUUUCAUCGAGUGCGACUGGCGACCAGGCUCUGCCCUUGCGGUCGGUGGGCUCCGGGCAGCAGGGCCGGGACAUCGUGGGCUCGUUUGACGCGAGCCUCGUUUGUUUGAUUUUUACUGCCUUUGACAUGUUUGGCUUUGCACGUGAGGACGUCGCCACACAGUUCGGUGUUGACGAAUCGGCUAUAGCGCAGUUCCUCGGUGGACAGUCGCCGAGUGAGCUGCUCGAGUGCCGCUUCCGCAACAUGGUUGUCCAGCACUUGUCCUUGGAGGCCUUGCUCAGGAUCGACGCCGCAAGACGCGCGCCUGGCAAGGGCGAGUACGUCGGCCUUACGCUGGAGAGCACAUCGGACCAGCUCUUCAUGCUGGCCAAUAGUGCAAUUGUCCACAACAGCAACGUGUACAUUGGAUUCCAAGUGCAGCUCGAUUUGACAGGUAUAUUUAUGCAUGGCAAGCUGCCGACGCUCAAGAUUUCGUACGUCAGCUUGUUCCGCAGUCACGCGUGGCAAAAGUCGCACGAGAGCCUCAUUCUGGAUCUCUGCCAGGUGAUGGACAACGAGUUGGAGCCGCUGCAAAUAGAGACGGUGCAAAAGGAGGCCAUCCACCCGCGCAAGUCGUACAAGAUGACGAGCUCGGCAGCUGACAUUACAUGCUUUGCAUCAUACAAGUGGCCCGUGUCGACGCCCAGCAUGCUGACCGACGGCAGCGACCGGAUGGACGCCGGAACGACACAAAAGUAUUGGCUCGACGUGCAGCUGCGCUGGGGCGACUACGACUCGCACGAUAUCGAGCGGUACACACGCUCAAAGUUCCUGGACUUCACGACCGACAGCAUGAGCAUCUACCCGUCGCCCACAGGUGUCGUUAUCGGCGUCGACCUGGCGUACAACAUUUACUCAGCGUACGGAAACUGGAUCCCCGGAAUGAAGCCCCUGAUGCAGCAGGCCAUGGCCAAGAUCAUGAAGGCCAGCCCAGCGCUCUACGUCAUUCGUGAGCGCAUCCGCAAGGCCCUGCAGUUGUUCUCUUCCGAGCCCACAGAGAGCUACCUGAAUAGCACAAACUAUGCCGAGCUGUUCUCCCACCAGACGUGCUGGUUUGUCGACGACUCCAACGUGUACCGUGUAACCGUGCAGAAGACCUUUGAGGGCAACUUGACGUGCUUCCCUGUCGAGGACCAUCAAAUCUUGACCGAGCACGGGUUCUGGAGCCUGGACCAGGUGCAGGAGCACUUUGCGCGCCACUCAACCUUGCGCAUCGCCUGCUACAUCGAGGAUGGCUCGCUCGAGUACCACUCGAUCACCAUUGAUGAGGUGACCAUUGACCAGGGCAAGCAUGAUUUAGUAGAGAUGUUUGCACCCGAGGAGGAUGUCUCUAUCAUGCCCACGGCCAACCACCGCAUGCUGCUGCGCGUCGGCCGCUCGGAUCAGGAUAAGCUGCCGCUUGAGGUCCACACCGCCGGCUCUGUGCUAGAGCAGGGCGCUCAUGAUGAGACCGUGGAUGCGCAAUUUAUGGCGCGCUUUGCCGCCGGCGAGUCUGUCAAGGACACUGGUAUGAGCGAUACAGAGCUUCCGUUUGCCACUGCGCUGUCAUUGCGCACUGGCGAUGAGAUUGACGCGUUCCUCGAGCUCUACGGGUACUGGAUGGGCACUGUCAGCGGUGAUGCUAUCGGUGGCCAGCAGCUGGAUGCUGGUAUGCGGUCCGUGGUGGUCAUGGCUGUGUGCGACACAGACAAGAGCCAUGUUGCCACGCUGGUGGCUCGUCUGGGAUUGUGUGUCCAGCAAAAGUCGGUGUGCGAAGAGCAGCUGUGCCACUGCAUCAGCGACCUGAGCUGGUGGUCCUACUUUGAAGGCCAGUACGGCGGCGAUCACAGUGCCCUGUGCCUUUGGGACUGGGUCUGGAACCGUUGCCUGAGCAUGCGCCGCCUGCGUCUGAUCAUUAGCGGCAUGCAGCGCGCCUCGCGUGCGCACAACGAGAUCCGCACCUCGUCGAUGGGCUUCCGCGACGAGCUGCAGCGCCUGCUGCUGCACGCGGGAUACUCGGCUGUGUUUGGCGGCGAGCCGAACGCCUGGACUGUGAGCUUCACCGAGACUGAGCAGCUGGCCGAGCCCAAGCUGAAUGUCCGCCGGCAGUUCCGCUCUGUGGAGCAGCAGAGCGGCACGGUGUGGUGUGUAACGGUGCCAUCCCGCGGGCAGUACAUCAUGGUCCGCCGGGUUCUGGCCACCGAUGACGCGGGCCAUGUUACCUCGGCAUCGCGUCCGGUCGUUGUGGGAAACACUAAGCCGAUUAACGGUGCCAUGACGAUUCUGAACCCGCGCACCGGUCAGUGCUUCAUCAAGGUUAUUCAUAGCUCCGUGUGGGCCGGCCAAAAGCGCCUCGGACAGCUGGCCAAGUGGAAGACGGCCGAGGAAACUGUUGCGCUCGUGCGCUCGCUCCCGGUCGAGGAGCAGCCCAAUCAGCUGAUUGUCUCGCGCAAGGGCAUGUUGGAUCCUUUGGAGGUCACCAUGCUGGACUUCCCGAACAUCACUAUCCGCGGUAGUGAGAUGCAGCUGCCCCUGCAAGCCCUGCUGAAGAUCGAGAAGAUCGGAGAUAUGAUUCUCAAGGCGACUGAGCCCAAGAUGAGCAUGUGGUCGUGCUAUGAUAACUGGCUGUCGACCGUGUCCCCGUACACAGCCUUCUCGCGGCUGGUGCUGAUCCUGCGUGCGCUACACAUCAACAACGAGCGCGCAAAGAUCAUCCUGCGCCCAGACAAGACCACCAUCACAGAGCCGCACCACCUGUGGCCGACUUUGGCCGACGAGCAAUGGAUCAAGGUGGAGAACCAGCUGAAGGACCUGAUCCUGGGUGAUUACGGCAAGAAGAACAACGUCAACGUCGCGUCCCUGACGGCCUCCGAGAUCCGCGACGUCAUUCUGGGAAUGGAGAUCCAGGCGCCCUCACAGCAGCGGCAGCAGAUUGCCGAGAUCGAGAAGCAGGCGCGCGAGCAGUCGCAGCUGACCGCUGUGACCACGAAGACGCAGAACGUGCAUGGCGACGAGAUCGUGGUGACGACGACCAGCAACUACGAGAACCAGGCUUUUGCAUCGAAGACCGAGUGGCGCCUGCGGGCCAUUGCCGCGCAGAACCUGCCGCUGCGCACCAAGCACCUGUAUGUGUCUUCGGAUGAUAUCAGCGAUACAGCGUACACGUACGUUUUGCCCAAGAACUUGCUCCAGCGGUUCAUUACUAUUGCCGAUCCGCGCACGCAGAUUGCUGGUUACCUCUAUGGUGUAUCGCCGCAGGGCAAUGACCAGGUUAAGGAAAUCCGCUCGAUAGUCAUGGUGCCGCAGUGGGCGACGCACCAGCAGGUGAAUUUGCCCGAGAAGAUGCCUAACCACGAGUACCUGCGCGAUCUGGAGCCCCUCGGAUGGAUCCACACAAUGCCCAACGAGCUCUCGCAUUUGUCGCCGCAGGACGUCACCACGCACGCGCGCAUCCUCGCCCGCACGGCGGACAAGCCCAAGGUACGCUGGGACGGUGAAAAGACCAUCACCAUGACCUGCGCCUUCACACCCGGAUCGUGCUCGCUGACGGCGUACAAGCUGACACCGGCUGGCUUCGAGUGGGGUCGUGAGAACCAGAACAUGACCUCGGCCAGCCCCGAGGGCUUCUCGCCAGCGUGCUUUGAGCGCGUGCAGAUGCUUUUGUCCGACCGGUUCAUGGGAUUCUUUAUGGUGCCGGACGACAAUGGCCUGUGGAACUACAAUUUCAUGGGACCGGCGCAUCGCGCCGACAUGUCGUAUGGCUUGCAGUUAGAUGUGCCACGCGAGUUCUAUGAUGAGAUGCACAGACCGAGUCACUUUAUGAACUUUACUGAUCUUGAGGGCGGUGCCGGCGAUGAGGUCGACCUGGAGGACGAGUUUGAGUGAAAGCACGAGCUAAUAUCGACGCUGCUAUGGAUUCCCUUUUUCCUCUCUUUUCUCACUUUUAUAUUUUCUCAAAAGA